AGACGUUGGCAAUAACUCUCUAACGUCUCCUAAAUUUGAAUUAGAAUCGCCCUUGUUUUGUGUUUUGUUUUUUUGGACUUGGUGUUGGUUGUUGGUUGUUCGUGGGCCUUGUUUGAGUCUGAUGAGUGGUGAACGCGUAGUUAUAAAAUAAUAUUCGUAUUGUUUGAGAUUCAUUUUAUAUUACUAUAUGUUAGCUAUGGAAUUUAAAGUUGAAAGUAAGGAAGAGUUUUUGGAGUAUAACCAAAAAGAUACAGAGAGCCAGCUAGACACAUGCAUAGAUCUGAAAAACUUCAAAAAUGACAAUGAUUCAGAAAUGGGAUUUAAAGCUGAAAUUAAGGAAGAGUGUGUAGACAGUUAUCAAGGAUAUAUAGGGAGUCCACUACAUGCAUCUCUAGAUAUUAAAGAAUUGGAUAAUAAAGCAGAUGAAAAUAACCCAGGUUUUUCCCAGAACGAAAUGGAAAUCAUGAAAACUGAACUUGAAUGCACAAAGGAACAACAAAUAAGUGCAAACAUUGAAGAAACAACAUUAAAUAAUUACAUUUGUAAAAUUUGUUUUAAGCAAUUUAACCGGGCACGUUAUUUGAAAUUACAUUUGAGAGUGCACACUGGAGAAAAGCCUUACAAGUGCGAAAUUUGUUUUAAGCAGUUUACUCAGAAAGCUCAUUUAAACGGUCAUUUAAGGUUGCACAUUAGAGAAAAGCUUUAUAAGUGUGAAAUGUGUUUUAAGCAGUUUACUCAAUUAAGUAAUUUGAAAAAACAUUUGAGAAUACACACUGGAGAAACACUUAAGUGUGAAUUUUGUUUUAAGCAGUUUACUCGAGAAAGUGAUUUGAAAAGACAUUUAAGGGUGCACACUGGAGAAAAGCCUUACCAGUGUGAAAUUUGUUUUAAGCCGUUUACUGAAUUAGGUAAUUUAAAAAAACAUUUGAGAAUACACACUGGAGAAACACCUUACAAGUGUAAAUUUUGUUUUAAGCAGAUUAACCGAGAAAGUGAUUUGAAAAGACAUUUAAGGCUGCACACUGGAGAAAGGCCUUACAAGUGUGAAAUUUGUUUUAAGCAGUUUAAUACAGCAGGUGAGUUGAAAGUACAUCUGAGAGCGCACACUGGAGAAACCCCUUACAAGUGUGAAAUUUGUUUUAAGCAGUUUUCUCAAAAAGGUGCGUUAAAAAGACAUUUGAUGACACAUACUGGAGAAAGACCUUAUAAGUGUGACAUUUGUUUUAAGCAGUUUAGUACAGCAGGUCAGUUGAACGUACAUUUGAGAGUGCAUACUGGAGAAAAGCCUUACAAGUGCGAAAUUUGUUUUAAACAGUUUACACAUAAAAUUACUUUGGAUCGACAUACGAAAGUUCACACUGGUGAAAAUGCAUUAUAAGUGUGAAAUUUGUUUUAAAAAUGUAGCUUUUAAAAUUCACUUAAUUCUAUCUAGUGAAAUGCUUCUGACAUUUUUGAUGGUACACAAAUAAAAAAUGCCAGAAUCAUAUAGUUCCAUGAAGGUCACCAUUAAUCAAGAAAACCUAAAGAGAGCUUGGAGCAAAGAUGUGUGGCCAAAGAGUGCAGUGUUAGCAGAGCCUAUUUACAGUAUUUCUCAUGAUCAUCUUUCAGUGCGUCACAGUUUUUCGAUUUCUUUCUUACGCAUUAAAUUGUAUGUGACAGAAAAAAAGGCACGUCGGUGAUUACAUGUCGUCGGUGACAUUUUUAUAACAUUUAUUCUAGUUGUCGAUAGAUGGCGCCAUAAUAAAAAAAUAAUUUUUUUUUUAAUUAGAUAAUAAUAUUACAAAUAUAAUUUGUAUAAUUUAUAAGACUAUACAAAUCAAAGAAAAUACCAUUUUAUAAAUGCAAGAAACACUUUUGAUUUGAUUUUAUUCCAAAUUGAAAAUAAAAUGUGACAACUGUCAGAUUUAACUAAAAUGCAUGUUAGAAUAAAUGUCAUAAAUGUGUAUUAGAGAGAUUUUAGACCCUCUACUUUUUGACGUACGUUAAACGUAAAAAUUUAUACUUGUCAUGCGCAAUGAAUGAUAAAUAAAGGAUAACGUAUU